AUGCCGCCCCCGGCCCCCGUCAACCACAGGGAGCUGAGAGCUCGAUACCGGGCAUCGGUGACGAACAUGCUUACCCAGCUGCGAACCUUCUCUCAAUGGACCUUCAAGGUAGACGACCUAGCCGCACUGGGUGUCGAUGUCUGCGAAUUCGAUCCUUACGAUCUGAGAGACUGCACUCCUAUUUUCGAGCCUCUCUCGGAGCAAGAACUCGAUGAUUACGAUCUCGACGAGGACUUGGUGCUGAACGAGGAGAUCUUAGAGAAACUCAACCUCCAAGACUGGGCCCCGAGCACAUCGAAUGAAAUCUCCCGCCGUGAGGAGGAGAUGGAGGCGAUGCGAGCUGGUGGACGCAUCUUUGAGUACCUGGAGGCAAGAUAUUCGUGCUGGUCAAUGAUCUACCAGCCCAAGACCCCCCUCUCGAUGGUGCGGAACUGGACGGACGUUGCUAUCCCCCACCCUGAAUACACCUGGCCUCGGUCCCUUGGCAUCAAUAGCUGGCCUCGAGAUCAUGGGCUUCUGUCCCGCCCGCGUACCCGAGACCAUGUCGGAUGGCGCUGUGAGAUGGUGGGUGAAUGGAAGGAUCGUCCGCGGCGAGGAGAUCCGACAACUCGACCACAUGUUCGCCUCAUCAUCGUGCAUGGCACCAUUGGCUCUUCGAAUGGGAUUCUGCUCGGUGAGCUGGGAGCUCUGGCACAGGUGAUUUACAACCGCCUCUGCCAGCCGAGUUUUGACCAUGAAUCCUUCUUCCCGGUACUGUUGAUCUCGCUUUUCGGACCUCGCCAUGGACGGAUACUGCAGGGUGUGUAUAGACGGAACGGGAAGCUUGACCUGCGAGUCAGUCGGGUCUACAGCUUCGUGAAGGUGAAGGAGGCACCCCUAGACCUCUUCUUGCGGUAUCUCGCGAGUACUCCCCGGCGCGAUGACUGCUGA